AUGACCACUAGAACCAAACAAACGGGGACCUUAGCUAAGAAGAGGGGCUUGUUCCUCUCCAUUGACAGUGUUCAAACCGGAUCCAAACAUAAUGACCACAGAGAUGAUAAAGUCGACCGCAGCAAUGAUGAAUGCAAACACCCAUUGGAAAGCGACCACCUUGGUGAACAGCUGACCGAAUCCGAGUCCCAACAUCAACAAACUGGUACUAAGACCAAUCGACCAAUCGUGGUACAGAACCAAGAUUGCCAGAGGAACCAGCAGGAACUCCCAGAUGAAAACGUUUGCAAGAAUACGUGCAAUCAACGACUUGUUGUGAGAGUGGACCAAGCAUGCUCCGUUCCAGAAAAUAGCGUACAUUGUCCAUGA